AUGUCAAGACCUGAACAGUUGGCUCCACCUGAAGUCUUCUACAAUGAUUCCGAAUCAUACAAAUAUACCACAUCUACACGUGUUCAGCAUAUUCAAGCCAAGAUGACACUUCGUGCUCUUGAGCUUUUAAAUUUGGAACCUGACACUCCACAUUUCUUAUUGGAUUUAGGAUGUGGUUCAGGUCUCAGUGGAGAGAUUCUUACUGAAGAAGGAUAUAAUUGGCUUGGAAUGGAUAUUUCCCCAUCGAUGCUUGCAACUGGAUUGGACAGAGAUUUGGAAGGUGAUUUAUUUUUGAGUGAUUUGGGAAAUGGUAUACCGUUCAGACCAGGUACUUUUGAUGCUGCUAUUUCUAUUUCGGCUAUUCAAUGGCUUUGUAACGCAGAUACUGCAAAUGUUGACCCAAAGAGACGUCUCAUGCGGUUCUUCAACACAUUAUACGCUUCUUUGAAGCGUGGUGGUAAAUUCGUUGCUCAAUUCUAUCCUAUGAAUGAUCAACAAAUUGAACAAAUUAUGGAUCUGGCCAAGGUCGCAGGGUUUGGCGGUGGUUUAGUGGUUGAUGAUCCAGAAUCUAAAAAGAACAAAAAGUACUACUUAGUUUUGACUGCAGGACAGAGUGAUCGACUGAUAAACUUGGCUGGGGCUGAAAUGGAAGUCACAGACUCCAAUAAGAAGGUGAACAAGAAGUUGAUGAGAAAGUUGGAAUCAAAGAAACAAUUUAUAAGCCGAAAGAAGGAUGUUAUGAGAAAACGAGGUAAAAGUGUUGCACUUGAUUCCAAAUUCACGGGGAGAAAGCGUAGACCACUUUCCUCAUUAGGUAAUCCUUUGAGAACGUUUUUUGCUCGUACCAACCUUCCUACAGUAUAUGAACCACUUCCUAAGAGAAGAAACGGUGAAAGUGCCCUUGAGUUUCUUCAGAAGGAGCUCUUGGAUAAAUACGAUCGUGUUGGUAAAAGAAGAGCCUUGGUUGACUCUAGAAAUGGGUUGCGUGCUGGAGAUGUGAUCAAGGUCACCUACGGAGAUCGUACCAGUGUUGUGGGGCAAGUUAUUGCCAUUAAAAGAGGUCAUAACAAUGUGGGUACUAAUAUUUUGGUUCGUAAUAAAUACCAAAAGAUAGGUGUUGAAGUCAGGGUACCUCUCUAUAACCCUAAUGUGAAAAACAUUGAAAUUGUGCAUAAACCUACCAAGUACAUGCCUCGUAACAAACACUACUAUAUUCGUAAUACAAAAGUUGAUGUUGGGGAUGUUGAACAGAUGGUCAAGCAAGAAUAUAAAAAGACUCAUGACUACUAG